UACCCUUCACCUUUUCCAAAAAGUUCCAGAGGCUUCAACAUCUACUUUGCUUCAAAUCGAAAUGGCUGAUUGUGUUUCUCAAGAUACUUUAAUAUCAUUUGAAAUUCAAAAUCCUACACACUUUCCUUAA